AUGGUGAGAGUGCCAUCAGCUCGGGCAUGCACACGCAGCUACGCUACCUCGCCCAGGUCGGGCGCAAGAGUCGGCAACGACGUCUGGGGUGAGGUGCACGUCUCUUCCAUCACGGCCGAGUCACUGGGCAAGGUCAAGGCGUCCCGUCCAUCAUUUCUCCGCCACGAGCCAAACGAAUACGUCGAUGUGCUCCGCAACUUCUCGGCUAUAUCUACGAGAUCCGGUGCCGACUGGCCACUUGUUCUAAAGGGGGCAUCCCGCCCGUCCAAGGAGAUCCUCAACGAUCUAGGCUGCUACACCAGCGAGCUCACCCUGCUAGGCGGCCCGGCGUCGCGGCAGCCCGGCGCCGACCCCAUCAGGGGGCCCGUCGUGUACGCCAUGUUUUCGGGGGCCAGCAUGCUGGGGUGCGAGGCCUCGUGCGUCUCGCUCGUGCGGCUCAUCAUGGCCGACCAGCGCGGCGUGGCCUUCCGACCGCUGUUCCGCCCCAACGUCGUGCGCUUCAGGGCCAUUGUGCGCGCGGGGCGGAACCCGUUCGCCCUCGCCACCGAGGGCCUCUGGCUCCUGGCGCAGGGCAAGCCCAACGCCGCCGUCAGGCUCGUCGAGCGGGCGCUGCAGAUCGGCGGCGGCGACGCCUUCGCCUGGGCCGCGCAGUGCAAGCUGGCCCUGGGCCAGGCCAGGCACGCCCUCGGCGAGGACGGCGCGGCGCUGGAGCUGCUCACCGCGGCCGCCGAGGCCGGCCAGCGGGACGCGUGGCGGUGGAUCGGGCGGCUGGCCCCUGACGAGGCCGGCAGGCGGGACGCCUGGUUCAAGGGCGGCAUAGCGGGCGAUGCGAAGUCUUUUGACCUGCUGGGCGACGACUAUGCUGCGCGCGCGCAAGACGAGACCCUGGACAGGAAGGUGCAGGAUGAACUGCUAGCCUGGUCGUCCGAGUUUAAACAGAUGGCAUCGCGGCGGAUGUCUGUUGGCUGA